AUGUUCCACUUUACUCUGAGAAAGGUUCAGACGUACCGCUGGAAGCCGUAUGUGAAUAAAGGGGCGCUGAAGUCCUUCUCUAACUUCAGAGACGUGGGCAUCGUUCAGGUGAAGGUGAUGAGAGCCGAGGGACUCAUGGCUGCAGACGUCACCGGUAAGAGCGACCCGUUCUGUGUGCUGGAGCUGAACAACGACCGGCUGCAGACUCACACCGUCUACAAGAACCUGAACCCAGAGUGGAACAAAGUCUUCACCUUUAACGUUAAAGACAUCCACUCGGUGAUGGAGGUGACAGUGUUCGAUGAAGACCGAGACCGGAGCGCCGACUUCCUGGGAAAGAUCUCCAUCCCUUUAUUAUAUAUCCGCAACGGUGAGCAGAAGAGCUACGUGUUAAAAAACAAAGAGUUAACGGCUCCGACUAAAGGAGUCAUUCACCUGGAGAUAGACGUCAUCUACAACACCGUGAAAGCAGCGAUGAAGACGAUGGUCCCUGCAGAGCAGAAAUACAUCGAGGAAGAGCCAAAAGUCUCCAAACAGUUGCUGCAGCAGAACUUCAACCGGGUGAAGAGGUGCAUCAUGGUCCUCAUCAGCUACGGCACGUACAUCAACAGCUGCUUCGAGUGGGAGUCUGCACAGAGGAGCAUCAUCUCCUUCGUGGUGUUUGUGCUGGUGGUGUGGAACUUCGAGCUCUACAUGCUGCCGCUCGCUCUGCUGCUGCUGCUCGUCUGGAACUAUCUGUUCAGCCGAGACACGACCGACACGGUGAGGAAACUGUAUGUGCUCAGCAGCUACA